UGGUAAUCUUGCAUGAUGCCGACGAAAGGAAAGAAAUCGGGGAGUAAACCGGCAACUGUACGUCCACCAAAGCCGAAAUCUACCGGAAAAUCAGCACCAGACAAAAAGAAACGGACCAAGAAAAGGAAGGAAUCCUUUAAAGUUUACAUCUUCCGAGUAAUGAGGCAAGUCCAUCCCGAACUAACAAUGUCGAACCGUGCCAUGGGUAUAAUGAAUUCGUUUGUGAUCGAUAUAUUUGAAAGAAUUGCAUCUGAAGCGUCCAAACUGGCCAAGUAUAACCGCCGGCCAACCAUGAACAGCCGUGACAUCCAGACGGCUGUUCGUCUGCUACUUCCCGGGGAACUGUCCAAACACGCCGUGUCCGAGGGAACCAAAGCUGUCACAAAGUACACUAGCUCAGCUUAAACAACUUUUAACAAGAACAAGUGUUUUUUUUGUCGACGAUUUCGUAAUGCUCUUUUCACCUUUUUGUUUAACAUGUCUGCAUGCAGUACAAUGUAUUGCUGUGACAAAAAAUGUUUCUUUGUUCAAAAUUUGCUUGAUUUUAACAAAAAAUUAACAUUGUCAUUUUGGAGUGUUCAUAAGUAAAAAUAGAACCUGA